AUUGCUGGACAGCUCCGGGCUUCAAAGGCUAGCUAGACGUAAGCGGGCAGGAGAGCCAGAAGCCUCGCGACGGCAGAUUAAGCAAGUGCCGUCGCGGGGUCUUUGGCAUUUGCGACUGCAGGCGUUGGAGACAUCGUUUUGUCAUCCCAAGAUCCACCUGAUUCUGCGCCGCCUUUCUAGUACUACUAGCUAUUGGCCCGUUACGGUCCCAUACAAAUGCCUAUAUCUUCACAACCCAAACAAGCCGUUGGUAUCCGGAUAAUCAAUUUCAACUUGGAGCAGGACGCCACUUGUCACACCCCCAUUACGCAUUGCGUGGGCCGGACAUGAAGGUACUUGGUGGAGUGAUGCGCGGCGUCGUGCUAUGGCAACAGGCACAAGCUUGGGACGUGAUGGAGUGGUUUGGUGCGGGUAUCUUUGCGCGGUCAGGGGACUUCACGACAUCGCGUUCGUGCAAGCACAUUAGCGUGGAAUGGACAUCGCUAUUCCCUUCACAUGUCGAUUUGACGUACACAAUCGAGCGCCGACCAGAUCACAACAUGCAGUGGAAAUGGACUCCCGUGGUGGAAAUGCAUGUGCCGACCCUUUCGUCGUUUGAAUGGAACGAUACCCAAGUUGAUGCACGAUGGGAGUACACGUACCGCCUCCGUCUGUAUCCUUCCUCUCUGAACGGAUCUGCUGCUUCCUACGCGACGUCGCCAGUCUCGCCGUCCUGCUUAGCGUGGUCAGACCGGGCGUUGUCGCUCUUGUAUUCGCUUCGAUUCCGCAUGGAGAAUUGUCUACCAACAGCGGCUCGAAUGUUGGCCUUCUUGGGUCUCCUGCACUUGGUACUUGUGCUAUGGCGGCAGUACUGCGAUAUCACAUUUAGCCCGCCAGUCAAACCCGUCAAGGCCCCCCCACCGGCCAUGGCUCCGCUACGCCACAAACCAAGCAGUUACACCAGUAGCACAGAGAGCGAGAGUAGCAGCCACCGGGACAGCGACCUCUCGACCAUCAUGGAGCGGCCCAGCCUCGAGUCCAUCGGUGGACAUGCCACAUGUAAAGCAUGUUCGAAGAAGUUUGGGCUCUUUCGAAGAAAAACCAGCGCGUGCACCCGGUGCAGCAGCACGCUUUGUCGGGGGUGCCGGCGGGCGAAGAAGGGCCAGUGUGUGUGUCGAGACGAAGAGUAGGUGCAGUAGGUGCAGAGGCUGCAUUGAACCAUUAGUGGAGUGUUGUUGCGGCAAGUCGCAAACGUUGUUCUGUGGUGGAUUGGUACGCUUGCAAUUUUCCAGGCUUGGGAGUUCCUGUAGUUCUUAUUUGGGGAAACGUUCAAGAGAACAAAGGAUAUGUAGAAGUACGCAUGAAGUGAUAGAAUUAGACAGCGCUGUCGCCUUGGACACCGCGGAGAGUCAACGAAGGUCCAGUGGUGCUGCUGUCUGCGACGGCGGCCUUGGCCAUGGCUCGCUGCAACAACCGGGCGCACCCGACAUUCCCGCCGGCUUCAGCGGCCGAGAGGGCCGUGUUGUGGUCGGCAUCUUCCACGAACGGAUCGGCCUUGUUGUCCAGGAGGAGCUUAACCCCCAGUCCAAACCCACCCACGGACGCCAGGUGCAACGGUGUCACAUGGCGUUCGUCCUCCACAUUGGGGUUGGCACCUGCUUCCAGCAAUAUCCUGUACCGUACAUGUCGUGAAUAUCGCAUCAUACGAAAAGAUAUGUACCUCAUGCAUUCGGUGUGGCCGCCACGAGCAGCGUAAUGCAACGCGGUCAAGUUGUCGGGACUUCGGGAGUUGAUGUCAGGUCCAUGGGAACUGGCCCAUCGUUGCAGCAUGCGACCGUUGCCUGUCUCGGCUGCAGCCUUGGCAAACGAUGGAAGCGCCCCUGGUGACGUGUCGAUGCCAUUGCCAUUUCCAUAUGCAGUCUCUGUUCGCUUGGACCGGAAUGCUUUCUUCGCCAUGUACUGCAGUUGUUCCCGCUGGUGCGAGGACACUGACACGAGGACAAUCAAGGCGAUCAAGCCGACUACUCCCACGCCAAUGGCGAGCGGUUGAAUGCUUCCGCCGACGAUGGAGUCCAUGACAAAUGUUCUCGUGUUGGUGAAAUGGUAC